AUGAAGCUCAUCAAGAGCUGCGGCGCCUGUGCUGCCCAGCUCCCAGACCUGGGGGCGAAGCAAUGCAGCAACUGCAAGACGGGCUACUGUGGGCGGUCCUGCCAGGUGCAGCACUGGAGAGAGGGCGGUCACGACAAGCUCUGUAAGAAAAUAAAGAAAGCAGGCGGUGCUGAGCAGUACUACGCUGAUAAGAAGUGCGCGGAGGCCAUCGCGCUCGCGGUCGAGGAAUGCGCGGACGACACCAAAGGCCAGACGUGCUUCAUCUGCACGGAGGCCCUUCAUCGGAAGACGAAGGAAGGUCUCGUACGCGGGUGCGCAUGCCGCGGGACCGCGGGCUUUGUCCACGUGUCGUGCCUGGCGGAGCAGGCCAAGAUUUGGGUGGCGGAGGCGGAGGAGAACAAUUUGGGCAACGAUGCGUUGUAUGAGAGGUUCCGGCGGUGGGACACGUGCAGCUUGUGCGAGCAGGAGUACUUCGGCGUCGUAUUGUGCGCGCUCGGCUGGGCGUGCUGGAGGACCUACGUGGGGCGGCCGGAUGGGGACGAGAUUCAGUGCCAUGCGAUUAACUUGCUUGGGAACGGUUUGUCAGCCGCAGAUCGCCUCGAGGACGAGUUGUCCGCGCGAGAGGCCGAGUUGUCUACGCUGCGGCGCCUUGGCGGAACAGAAGCGGAAGUGCUUGGCGUUCUGGGUAAUCUUGCGAUAACGUAUUCUGCGCUUGGACGGCCCGAGGCCCUGCAGAUGGCACGGGACGUAUACAAUGGAUAUUUAAGACUCUUUGGCGAAGAAAAUAAAGAGACCCUCCUAGGUGCCAACAACUACGCGAAAUCCCUCAUUGAUCUACGGCGCUUCGGAGAAGCCAGAUCCUUGCUGUGUAAAACCCUGCCCGUUGCACAAAGCGUGCUUGGAGAUAAUAAGGAUCUCACGCUCUGGAUGAGGUGGAAUUACGCGGAGGCGCUCUACAAAGAUGAGGGCGCCACGUUCGACGAUCUCAGCGAGGCCGUAGAUACGCUCGCAAAGACGGCACAGACGGCGCGGCGCGUGCUCGGAAGAUCGCAUCCUGAUGCAGUGAGUAUUAAGCAAUCCAUGCAAAACGCGUUCGCCGUGCUCCGCGCCAUGGCCUCCGCGUCAGAGGACCCGGCAGUACGACUGGCAAUUGCCCUCCACACGGCGCUAUGUUGUGAGGCGGUGCCCGAGCUCGACGACUUGCGCGACCUGGGUUUCAACGGCGAGGCGGCGCGGCGCGUCGUGGCGCUCCGAGCGAAGCUUGCAGCGACGCCCGCCGGCGCGACGGUGGACGCGGACGCGUCCGCCGUGCGAGCAUAA